AUGUUAACACUGAUCACUGUAGUUUUAUGGGAUAACUCAACCGAUAUACAAUUUUUGAAAAACUUACGUUUGAAUGUAUGGGACUGCAGUGGACAAGAUGCUGCGUUCCAGGAGUACUUCACUACCUAUCAAAACCAAGUAUUUAAGGAUGUCCAUGUAUUGAUUUACGUAUUUGAUGCCGUUAGUGUAGAAUCAGAAAAGGAUAUUCAUUAUUACCAAUCGUGUUUAGAGUCUAUACUAAUCCACUCUCCAAGAGCUAUUGUAUAUUGCUUACUGCAUAAGAUGGAUUUUCUUCCCAAAGGGGAAAGAAGGGAGGUAUUUCAAAAGAAAAAGGUCGAGUUGCAUAUGAGAUCAGAACCUAUUCAUAUCAAGGUUUUCUCAACGUCUAUAUGGGAUGAGUCGCUCUAUGCUGCUUGGUCACAAAUUAUUCAUGGCCUGAUUCCACAUAAUGACCAAUUACAGUUAAGCUUGGAAACAUUUUGCAAAAUAUGUGGAGCAGCCGAAGUUGUACUGUUCGAAAAGCGCACAUUUCUUGUCGUCGGUACAUCAGCGACUAUACACCAUCCAGAUAUACAUCGCUUCGAAAAAAUAAGCAGCAUUAUCAAACAAUUCAAUCUCUCUACCAGAAAAGAAGGUUAUUCUGAACAAAUGGAAAUCAGAGGAACGAAUUUUACUGCAUUUUUUGACCAUCUAACUGAAAACACGUCCAUUUUAUUGAUUAUAUCAGAUCCUGGGAUAACGUCGGCUGCAACACGCGUCAAUAUUUCAGCUGCGAGGAACCAUUUCGACAGACUGGAAGAUCAUCUUGCUUCUGAUACUCCAGCAUCACCUCCACCCUCUUUUCUCCUAUCGCCUUCUCCUACCACCAGUUUCUGCACUUCGUCCACAUCUGUUAUCUCCGACUCUGAAUUUGACGUUGCUCCCUUCUCUUCUACUUCGGGUAAACAUGCUUCUUGAUAUCCCUCCAUGCUUUCUAUGACUUUCAUUGUCAACGGAUCAGAGAAUCCAAAAAACUAAUUCCGGUCGGGGCAAAUAAAAAAAAGAUUAAAAAAAAAGAUUGCUUGCUAUUUAAAAUAAAGUUUAAACCUUACCAGUGGGCCACUAACGCGUGUACUGCUCGAUUUGCUCUGUAUGCAUGCCUCUGUCCAUGGUGCAGUAG